AUGCACGCGGCGAUUGCUAACGAAACGGAUGAAAGGAGAUUGAAGAGCCUGGUACAACACGUCGGAAGAUCUUUCUAUGAAAGCAAAUAUUUUAUAAUUCUUGAUCAGCUUAUAAGGAAGGAAGCUAUGCAGGACGGUGAAGUCGCUGGGAGAAUUGGACUUACGGUUAAAGAUAGCUCGAAGCUAAUCGCUAAAUUGAUUGCUGAUAAGCUUGUCUUUCACUAUAGACGCAAUGAAUACCAGCCUCCGAAUCCACGCCCUCUAUUGAAAACAUAUUAUUACAUUGAUUACCAGCAAUUCGUUGAUAACGUCAAAUGGCGUAUGUGGAGAAUCAGAAAAGCUAUCGACGAUAAACUCAGAAAUGAACUCGAUCAAAAAGGUUACGUUUGUCCAGGUUGUCACAAGACAUUCACUCCACUCGACGUCUUACAUUUGAAUUCCACGACAGAUACAUUCCUAUGUGAUACGUGCAAUGCUCCACUCAAAGACAAUGACGAGUCCGACGGUGUCAAAGGUUCACAAGACAUGAUGGCAAGACUUCUUAUGCAAUGUCGACAUAUCAUAGCUGGGUUGAAGCUCACCGAAGAUAUGACACUGCCACCAUUUGACAUUGCAGAUUGGAUAAGUAAGAACGUUAAGGCAAUUACACAACCAAUCAAAGAACUCGAAGGCGAAGAUGAUGGACUAGCCGUAGCAGGUAGUGGAUCCAACGCAGCUAACAACAAGUCUCAAGUGAGGGUUCAAAUAGUUGCAGACGAGCAUGACGAUGAGCAUAAGAAGAAGAUGGAGAGAGAGGAAGAGGAGAGACGAACAAAGAAUGCGCUACCAGAAUGGGUACUUAGGAGCACGAUAUCAGGUGAAAUCACAGCUGUUGGUCACAGAAACCAAUCCAUAAGAGACAAGUCGAGAGAGGAAGAUGUCACCCAGAAUCAAAGUGAUGGCCAAGAGAAGCUAAACGUUGACCAAUACUACAAUGAUUAUUACUCCAAUUACAACACUUUAAAGCGAUCUCAGUCGCCCUAUCAGGAAACAACCAACAAACGUUUGAAACAAGAUACCGGAACUACGAAUGUAGCUCAAGCUCAUUCAUCACAGCAUCAACCAGGAGAUGGAGAUGAAGAUUCAGAGGAAGACGAUGACUUUGAACAGGUAGCAUAA